UGAGAGCGUAUAUAAUAGAUUCCACAGACGCGACCAGCUUCAUUCCCCGCGCAGGAAUCCUCCGUGAGAACUUCCCGUUACCUGUCGACCUCGACUGACCCUCCUCAGGUGCUGGUAUUUACCCCCAACGUGCGACAUGGUGAGAAGUCAAAAUUUCGUCCUGCUAGGACUUUGUGUGACCGUGGUUGCAGGAUUCAACAGGUCAGCAUGUCCAGCGACCCUCAGUCCAGCACCCGGAACCACUGGAGUUAAACCCGUUCUUGAGCGAUACGAGUCGGCUUUACUUAUGGUCCUAGGAUUUGGUGGAUUUUCUAUACUGCUAGCCAUGCUCCAUAAUGCUGUUCGGAAAUACAUCUUCCAUGACGAGCAUAAUCUAGAUACUACAUUUGACGCCGGUGGUAACGUCAGUUUGAGUCUGACAGCUGUGACGGUUGCCUCCCAGUUGUUCUGGCCUGGAGACAUACUUCAUAGUGCUACCCUUACAACAAAGAAUGGAGUCGCUGGCCCAUUCUGGUACGCAGUAGGGAUCAUGGUUAACAUCUUUAUAUUCCCGAUAUUCUCGGUGCAAUUCAAAACUCGGGCACCUGGAGCUAAAACAUAUUUACAGAUUAUACACGCUCGUUUCGGCAAAUCUGCUCACGUGGUCUUUUGUGCAUUUGCCUUGAUCACUAACCUGGUUAUAAUGAUCGGGCUGUUACUAGCAGGUCGAGCCACCAUUAAGUCCCUUACUAAAGACACCUCGGACGAAUUCUCACUUUUUGUAAUGGCGGUUCUGUUCGGGUCUUACUCUUUGGUCGGAGGAAUUGGGACGACAUUUUAUGUGUCUUACUUUAAUGCCUGUCUCGUAUUCAUACUAUUAAUAGUAUUUGUUGUCAAGAUCCUUCACAAUGAUUCGAUCGCCUUUGAUUCCAUUGGCGAUGUCUCCAAGAUGUAUGAAUACAUUUCAUGCGUCAAAGGGCCUCCUGAAAACGAGAACUACAGCUAUUUGACCUUUCGUUCUGGAGUAGCAAUCCUUUACGGGGUCAUUGAGGUUUUUGUUUCCUCGGCGGUCACUUAUUGUGACCAGGCUUCGUGGCAGAGUCGAAUUGCUGCUAAGCCGAUACAGGGCGUCUGGGGCUUCAUUUUGGCGGGCUUUAUGUGGUUCGCUAUUCCUGCCACAAUGGCAACCACAACCGGUAUGGCAUAUCUUGCCUUAAGCAUGGAAAACGGAACACAUCUGUUGACACCAGGUCAAAUUGAUGAAGGUUUGGUAACACCACUCAUUGCUGAGAAGGUUCUGGGUUCCUCGGGUGGCAUAUUGAUUCUGACUAUGGGUGCGAUGGCGCUGAUGUCAACAGGAUCAGGGGAGGUUAUGGCGAUAUCCUCCAUCAUUGUAUACGACAUCUACCAGACCUACGUCAGACCGUUCAGAGCCGGAAUGAAGAGAAGACAAUGUGUUUUAUGUGGUAAAAACAAGAAAAGGACCUUGGUGGUCACUUACGAGAGUCGAAAUGACCUUCACUGUCAGUGUACCAGUGUCGUACGCUGUCACGGCUGCGCAGAGGAUAUAGUUCGCAGAAACCAGGUCACCGAGAACUGCAUCAAGCCUCGUUAUGAGUGUCCAAUCCAUGGUCAGUAUCGACAGUAUCAGGACAGUCUGAUUCAUUUCAAAAAUUGGUGCAUUGUGUUGGUCACUAUCGGCAUCAUUCCUCUUGGAAUGCUGGUUUUUGAGUCUGGAAUCGAUCUUAAUUGGAUUUUCUAUGUUGGCGCCAUUGUUACGAUUCCGUGUUUUCCACCAGUUCUUCUCUCCAUCAUGUGGGUGAAAGCCACUUCAAGGGGUCUUAUUACAGGAGGAAUUUUUGGACUGAUAUGUGGUAUAACCGCAACGCUGUCAGCAGCAACUAUGUAUGAGGGAGGUCUCAAUAAUUUCCUGAUCAACACAGUCCAGGAUCAUGCCAUUUUGGCGGGAACAUGUUCUAGUUUUGGCGGCAGUUUGUUGGGAUGUAUUAUCAGUUCGUUAAUUACACAUCAAAUUCGAUGUCCUGAAGAUGCAAAUGAAGAAUGGCAAAAACUGUACGACAUUGACAAUCCACUAAAUCCAUGGGAGUUAAACUACAAAGAGGAGUUAAAGGGUCUUCAUUUUGAUACAAAACCAACUUUUGAACAAAUGUCUGCUCAAUUUCGUAAAGCAAAAAUGGUAGCAUAUAUUGGCGGCGGGAGUAGCAUAGUUUUAAUGGCCCUCGUGAUACCGGGAAUCAUCAUGGCCAGCUACUCAGUGAUGAGUGAAGGGCAAUUCUCUGCUUGGGUCUGGUUCACUCAGGCAUGGGCUGUUGUCAUGGCAAUUGUUGUCAUAAUAGCGCCGCCUGCCGAGGAAAUAUCUCGAAUAGUAAAGCAGUACCGCCAAAACAAAGAAACUGUGAUGGAUGCAAACGAAACAGUGGAUGAAGUUUUACUGAAAGAAGUCAAUCAUACUGAUUUUCACGAUUCAUCCCAGCCCGUGGCAAAAGUUUGAGAAUUUCUGUAGUUGAGAAAAAGUUGGUAGCUAUCUACAAUGAACUAUUUAAAAGAGUUUUUGAAAUUUUGAGUUACAAUGUAUUUUCAUGUAGCGAUCAUAUUUUUUCCUCAUCGGUACAUUUUUCUCAUCCAGCAUCCCUCAUUUGUCACUAAACAGGUAUUCCAUCAUCUGUUAUGUGUUCUACAUAAGGAACUUUAUAAGGUAAUGGUAAGUUCGAUAUAGGUCUAGACGUCAUUUCAAUUUUGCAACAGGCCUAUGGACCACAACGCUUAUAUGAGUCGCUUUGACUCUGAUGAUGAAUUGGAAUGAUUCAAUAUCGAUACGACCAUCAUGGCCUUGUUGUUCUGGAGAAUUUCCCUUUUGCGCACAUAUUAUGUACAAUUCAGAUCUUUGAUUUUGAUCAAACUCCCCACGGAGUCAUAAUUUUAAAAAUAUAAUACCACAUAACUUAGAUCUGUUUUAUUUUUAGGUAUGAUAGAGUAUCUUGUCGCUCUUAAAAAGAUAGCUUCCUAUAAAUUCUGUAAAGCUCUGAUCCUCUAUUGUAGCCCACGCUGUUUCCGAGGGUCCUUUCCACUAUAAUUUUUUUAUUACCUUUUGCCCUUGACCGACUGUAGAGUUUGGUCCACUUUUGAUCAAUUUUAACCUUGGCCUUAUUCUUUAAAAAGUAAGUACUAGAAUUUUCAUAUAUGGUGACAAGGCCUUCCUCUAGAUACACCAAUUUUGACCCUAGAGUCACAAACUUUUAGAAAAUUUAAUCUAUGCCAAAUAACUUUUAAACAGUUGGUGCUAGACCUUUCCACUAGUUUUAUUUAUUUUUUUUUUUUUUGCCUCUAACCUUGGAGUUUGGACCAUUUUUAAAAAACUUUAACCUUGGCCUUAAUUUUUAAAUAGUAAGUAUUAGAACUUUUAUAUUCUAAAGGUAUAAGACCUGCCUCUAGAUACCAACAAUUUAGACUUUGACCUUGGCGUUUUACAUAUAUACAUGUACAUGUAUUAUAUAAAAAAAAUUAUCCAUAAGUUUUGAACAGUUGGUGCUAAGGCUGACAAGGCCCAUUUCCAGAAAACCAUUAAUUUUGACCUUGAUCUAGCAGUUUGACCUAUUUUUAAAAACGUUAACCUAGGACUUCAUUGAUAAGGGUCCAACAUCUUUUGACCUUGACCUUAGAAAUUGGCUAUUAAAGAAACUUUAACCUUUGCCAUAAGUUGUCACACAGGGGAAUUGUACGGUGUUUCACAAAUACAUUUUUUGUUUUGCUCUUGUACAUUUUAGCGUUGCAAACCACAGUCAAAAUGCACGAUACAGACGAAUUCUGACCGCUUAGGAGAAAAAAAUGCUAAAGAGCCAACGAUCUUGAGACGUUGGUAGAAUAUCCGUUUCUGUUGACAGAUAUUAUUUCACCAGCCAUAAAAAAUCAUUUCUUAUGUGGAAAAAAAACCAAAAAACAGAAUGAUAUAGUUUCUAACGGCUAUUUCCAAAUGAUGGAAUUGUUCCAGAUAUUUUUUUUUCACUUUAUAUAUUACGUAGAUGAGACCAUAAUAGACCUUUUUAAUACCAUGGAAGAUAUAAGGUCGUGGACUAGCAAAUACCCAGUCAAAACUGAUAUCUAAAUUCUUGUACAGUGUAUGACAAGUUUUCUGUAAUGUGUUCGCUUACUAGUAUUCCAUGCACAAAUGUUUGUAUCUUUUAAGAAUGUACAUAACAAUAAAACAAUACCUUAUAAUUGA